GUCCCAUUUUAUUUGCAGCUUAAAGCUAACAGGCGUUGGGCUCCAGAUCUAUCCCCUCCCCUUCCCCGUUGUUUUUGUUUUAAGACAUGUAGCCAAUGCAGUUCGCACAAGUGUUCUUCGCUGAGCGCUGACGGCUGACACCAGAGUAGCAGGAGUGUGUGUGUUUGGGGAUGUGUUUGCACCCCCAACGGGUGGAUCAUUGCCAGGUCCCGCUCCUCCUAAUCGCAAAAUACGCUGCUCCCAGCCCAGGUGCUCAGCAAGUAAGCGGACUUUGUUUUCUGCAGGCAGGAGCUCGGAAACCUGUAGCGUCCAAGGCGACUCGACAGCAACCGGGAGGAGAAAGCGCCUUCCAGCGCCAGUAACCACUCCCCAAAGGGAAAGUCAUUAGGGGGUGGAGAGACAGCGCUAGGUGCAGGGGGAGCCGCUAUUGGUACGCUGCGCAGGGAAUAGACAGCAGCCCCCUGAGUGCAGGAGGCAGCCAGGCAGAGCGAGCGACAGCCCGGAGCAGCAGCAUCCCACUCCUGCCCGAACCACGUCUCUCUCCGCGGCAACUCUGAGCGCCACCGACCGCCUCCCUCCGGGCACCGCCAUGGACUCCCCACAGAAGCCACCCCUCGCUCACCUCUUCAAAGGGACCUUCGUGCACGCCAGCCACUCCUCGCCCAUGGACGUGCUGCAAGGCCACCUGCUGGGCGUGGGCGACGAUGGGAGAAUUGUGUUUUUGGAGCAAGCAGAUCAGCAAGAGCAACUAGCUAAGAAGUGGGGUUUCAAGGCAUCUGAUAUAAGAGAGCUUAGUAGUCAUGAAUUCUUCAUGCCAGGAAUGGUUGAUACACAUAUCCAUGCACCUCAGUAUGCAUUUGCUGGAACAAGAGUAGACCUACCUCUUUUGGAAUGGUUAAACACAUAUACAUUUCCAACAGAAGCCAAAUACAAAGAUAAUGAUUUUGCUGAAGAAGUAUACACCAGAGUUGUAAGAAGAACGCUAAAGAAUGGCACGACUACAGCAUGCUACUUUGCAACAAUUCACACAGCUGCUUCUUUGCUACUUGCUGAAAUUAUAGAUAAAUUUGGUCAGCGAGCAUUUGUUGGAAAAGUUUGCAUGGAUAUCAAUGAAAUUGUUCCAGAAUACAAGGAAACCACUGAUGAAUCUCUCAAGGAGACGGAAAGGUUUGUUAAAGAACUACUAGAAAAGAAAUAUCAAAAGGUACAACCCAUAGUGACGCCUCGUUUUGGACCUUCCUGCACUGAGAAGUUGUUGAGUAGACUUGGUGACUUUGCGAAGGCUCGUGACAUCUACGUGCAGAGUCAUAUAAGCGAGAAUGAUGGAGAAAUCAAACUUGUGGAGCAAAUGUUUCCUAACUAUAAAAAUUAUACUGAUUUAUAUGAUAAAACCAAGCUACUUACAAGCAAGACUGUGAUGGCCCAUGGCUGUCAUCUCUCUGACGAAGAGCUGAAACUUUUUAGUCUUCGAGGAGCUGCAAUUGCCCAUUGCCCCAAUUCAAAUUUUUCGUUGUGCAGUGGCAUUUUAAACGUACAAAAUGUUCUGAAGCACAAUGUGAAGCUUGGUCUUGGCACAGAUGUUGCUGGUGGGUAUUCAUCUUCUAUGCUUGAUGCUAUCAGGAGAACGAUGUCUGCAUCUAAUACCCUUCUACUCAAUAAAGUGAACAAUACAGUCUUAACUCUUAAAGAAGCUUUCAGACUAGCAACUCUUGGAGGGAGCCAAGCCCUAGGACUAGAUGAUGUGAUUGGAAACUUUGAAGUUGGCAAAGAAUUUGAUGCACUGCUGAUCAACCCCAAGGCUUCAGAUAGUCCUUUUGACUUGUUUGCUGGAGAUACUUUUGAGGAUAUUAUCCAGAAGUUCCUGUAUCUAGGUGAUGAUCGGAAUAUUAAUGAAGUAUAUGUGGCAGGCAAGCAAGUGGUUCCUUUUUCAAACAGGGAAGAUGAAACGCACAGAAGUGAAGUGAUUUUGUCUAACAUCAAUGAGUUUGAAAAACAAACCCCAGUCUAGUCUCCUGGCUCCCACUCACAUACCCUAUCCUCUGGGACAUGCUGCCUCCAUCACUUAUACUAGUUUUAUUAUGGAACCAUCAGAGGGUGCUAUAGGAAAAGCCCAAAAUUUGUGAGACUGAACCUGAAAGAGCAAGUUACAAGUGAUGUGCAGGAAUCCCCCUCCCCAAAUCCUUGUGUCCUUUUUUGUUUCUUUAUACAUACAAAGAGGACCAGAAAAAAUUUAUAAAAUAAAAUAUUUAUAAAAUUCA